AUGGGUGUGGCCAAGAAAACGAGAAAAUUUGCCCAGGUCAAGCGCAUUAUCUCGCGCCGGGACAACCGAUUGAAGGAAAAUGCUGGCAAGGCAGAUGCCGCGAACCCUCAGAAGGCCAAGACCGCUGGCCCUUCAAACGAAGUCGUCCGCGAGAUCCCUCAGCUACCUUCAUCGCUCUUCUUCCAGCACAAUGAGGCUCUGAAACCGCCUUACUCAGUCCUCGUCGACACCAACUUCCUCUCACAUACGGUUCAACGGAAGCUGCCCCUACUCGAGAGCAUGAUGGACUGCCUGUACGCCAAGUGCGUGCCUAUUAUCACGUCCUGCGUCAUGGCUGAGAUUGCUCGCGACGAGCGGUGGGAGAGAAUCCAAUGUGCUCACAAGGGAACAUAUGCGGACGACUGUAUCGUUGAUCGAGUCAUGAAGCACAGGGUCUACAUCGUCGCCACGAACGAUAAAGACCUCAUCCGCCGGAUACGCAAGAUCCCCGGUGUGCCAGUCAUGAAUGUUGCACGAGGCAAAUACGUGAUUGAGCGGUUACCUGGUGCCCCUCAGUAG